AUGGACCCGACGUCAAGUUUUUUCACAAAGCUACGGAAGCUAGGGACGACUCUGGAGACAGAAACCGCCAGAUUUCAGCAUGUUUAUCAAAACCGGGACUGCGGCGAUGAAAACACCGAAAGGGCCAUGCAAACGUAUCACAAACUGCACUUGGAGGUCAUGGAUGUCAAGGAUCAGGUACGGGCUCAGCUGGCACAGCAGAGGGUGGAGGAGGAAGAGGUGAGCCGCUUUCUAAAGGCGUGUGAGGUGAUGAAGCAGAGAUGUGCUGAAGAUGUUGAAAGACUGAAGAGGCACUGUGAAAAGUAUGGCUACCAAGCCCCCCAAAAGGGCCACAGUCCAACCAAGGUCAUAUGUCAAGAAGUUGAGGCUGCGGAUAAAGCAGUAGUAGAGGAAGAUGACUCUGGGGAAACGAAAGGAGAAGUGGAGACUGAACAGGAGGUCAAAGAGACCUCCUUGAAAAUGGAGCUUCGAGCCCGCACCGUGGACCCAUUGCGCACCCCGCAGCUCUCUGAUUUUGGCCUGUCGGAGAUGCAGCUGAGGAGAGUGCUGAGCAGCUCGCGGUUCACUGCGGAAGUACCUCCCAUGCCCGAGAUGAACCUCUCUCCUCCAUCGCUCUACAUGUCCAUACAGCAACCCAUGCCCGUAACUCCCAAACUCAUGCUGCGCAUGGACGAGGAUGAGCGCCAAACGCCGCAGAUGCGUGACUUUGGGAUCUCUGAACAUACCAUGUCUCUCAACAAUGAUUUCACCAUGGCCCUCUAUCAGAUGAACAAUGAAAAGGCUAAAAGAACUCCAGACAGCCUGCCCACAAGGCCAGUAAACUCUGUAAUAGACAACUUGUCUACAAAGGCAGACAGCAUGGAGUCACCUGAGACCCCUAUUUUUUGCACCCCCGGGAUUAAAAUCUCUAAAUCGCAUGACUGCACCUCUAAACCACCUCCAGUGGAAGGGGGCAACCUAGGGUCCCCUGAUUGCCCUAUUAACCUGCAGACCACACCUGAGGUUCCUGUGUUUCAAACCCCCUACGUCAACAGACUCGUCAGCGCAAGGAAGGUACAAACGUCUGAACCUGCAGAUGAUGAAAAUCCUGUCCCAGAAAUUUCGACGCCCACUAAUAGAACUGCCACCAAAUGCACCUGGGAGUACAAUGUGCCUGAGGUAUCCAUUGGAGAUGGUGACGAUGGACUGACACCAGAAAUGCCAAGCCUGGAGUCGAAUUUAGGAAGCAAUUUGAAAAAUAGCACUAAAGGAAGAACUAAGGAGUGCAAAAUUAGGGCAGGGGAGCCCACUUACCACAGCCUGGACCGGGAUGGACCUACACAGGAGGUCAGUCUGGUGACUGAACCCAGCACUCCAGAAAUGCCAGAUCUCAGCUCUGUCACGCAGGAUAUCUGUAAACUUCUGGCCCAGACACAGUUGAAGAAACCAGCUGCCAUAGUGCAGCCACAUACUUGGCCAUCAGGGAAGGAAAACAGAGUGCUGAGCCUGCCCAUCGUGUCAGAGAGUGAAUUUCAGAGUCUGCCCGGUUACCUCAAGCAGAUGUCUUUGUCCAGCCUCAACCAGGCCAUCCAGAAGAUCAACAUUGCGGCAGCAGAGAAAUGCUACGGGGAAGCAACCGAUGGCUGGAAGAUGGCGGACUUGAAGCAGCUCACUGGCAUGGGCACAAAGGCUCCCAUCUACUUCCUUUGUCUGACUGAGCUAAAGAGACUGGAGCAUAUCAAGGGUGCAGGGAACACCUCUGUGUACAAGCUAACUCCACAUAAUUGAAGAACUGGACAAUGAGUUAAACCGGAGUCACUUUAACUUGGCUCAUGGGCACCCAUAUUUAGUUUCACCCAGCCAACACUGUGGAAUCCCAAUCGAAGUGAGAGAAACUGGAUCUAGUAACAUGUUUUAUAAAAUCUAAGGCUGUGGACAGCUAUCACUACUGCCAAAAUUACAAGACUUUGCCUAAAGCAAACUUGUUAAUUUUCUACUUUGUUUUAAAUAGAGGCCUUAAGACUUCUGUCUUCGACAGCUGUAACUAGAUUAUUCAAUUUGUACUUCCCGUAGUAACCCAGUAAACCACAUCUAAAAAGUAUGAGUGCAUACAGUGCAGAGUAUUAACU